CCAGCCCUGCACCCCAUGGGGGUGCCCCUGCCCAAGGAGCUAGGGCUGCUCCCCAGCCUGUGGGGCAAGAUCUGCCAAUACCUCCAGGGACGGGAAUCGUGGGACAGGCGCCUGGAUGAGCUGAACCUGCUGCAGCAGAAGAGGAUCUGGGAGUCUCCGCUGCUCUUAGCUGCCAAGGAGAAUGAUAUUAGAGCGCUGACCAAGCUUCUCAAGUAUGAAGUCUGUGAUGCACACCAGAGAGGGGCCCUUGGGGAGACAGCACUACAUGUUGCCGCCCUCUAUGACAAUUUUGAGGCAGCCAAGUUGCUGAUAGAAGUUGCACCCGACCUGGUGACUGAACAUAUGACUUCUGAGCUAUAUGAAGGACAGACAGCGCUCCACAUAGCUAUAGUGAACCAGAAUGUGAACUUGGUGAGAAUUCUGCUCACUCACGGUGCCAGCGUCUCUGCCCGAGCCACUGGGAUGGCCUUUCGCCAGAGCCCCCGUAACCUCAUCUACUUUGGAGAGCACCCUUUGUCCUUUGCUGCCUGUGUAGGCAAUGAAGAUAUUGUUCAGCUGCUUAUAGAGUUUGGGGCUGAUGUCCGGGCCCAGGACUCCUUGGGAAACACAGUGCUUCACAUCCUAGUAUUCCAGCCGAACAAAACGUUUGCCUGCCAGAUGUAUAAUGCAUUGCUGGCUUAUGAUGAGCGGAGUGGUCACAUGACGCUAGACCUCAUCCCUAAUCACCAAGGCCUCACUCCCUUCAAGCUGGCUGGUGUCGAAGGGAACACUGUGAUGUUCCAGCACCUGCUACAGAAGAGGAAGCAUGUCCAGUGGACAUAUGGACCAUUGACUUCCACUCUCUAUGACCUCACAGAGAUUGACUCCUGGGGAGAUGAACAAUCAUUGCUUGAACUCAUUGUCACAACCAAGAAGAGAGAGGCUCGUCGGAUCCUAGACCUGACCCCUAUGAAGGAGCUGGUGAGCCUCAAGUGGCGAAGGUUUGGGAGGCCAUACUUUUGUGUACUGGGUGCCAUCUAUGUUUUCUACAUUAUCUGCUUCACCAUGUGCUGUGCCUACCGUCCUCUCAAGCCUCGGAGCAGCAAUCACACCAGCAUUCGGGACAUUACUCUUCUCCAGCAGAAGCUGCUACAGGAGUCUUACGUGACCCGGGAGGACAAUAUCCGAAUGGUGGGGGAGCUGGUUUCUGUCAUUGGUGCUGUGGCCAUCUUACUUCUUGAGAUCCCAGACAUCUUCAGGGUUGGCGUUGCUCGGUACUUUGGACAAACAAUUCUUGGAGGACCUUUUCAUGCCAUCAUCAUCACCUAUGCCUGCAUGGUGCUAGUGACCAUGGUGAUGCGGCUCACCAGCACAUCUGGGGAGGUGGUGCCCAUGUCUUUUGCCCUGGUGCUUGGCUGGUGCAAUGUUAUGUACUUCGCCCGAGGAUUCCAGAUGCUGGGCCCCUUCACCAUCAUGAUCCAGAAGAUGAUUUUCGGUGAUCUGUUGCGUUUCUGCUGGCUGAUGGCUGUGGUCAUCCUGGGAUUUGCUUCUGCGUUCUAUAUUAUCUUUCAGACAGAAGACCCGGAUGAACUGGGCCAUUUCUUUGACUACCCUAUGGCGCUGUUCAGCACCUUCGAGCUAUUCCUCACAAUCAUCGAUGGUCCUGCCAACUAUGAUGUAGACCUGCCCUUCAUGUACAGUAUCACGUAUGCUGCCUUUGCUAUUAUUGCCACGCUGCUCAUGCUCAACCUGCUCAUUGCUAUGAUGGGUGACACCCACUGGCGAGUGGCCCAUGAGAGAGAUGAGCUCUGGAGGGCUCAGGUUGUUGCCACCACAGUGAUGUUGGAGCGAAAGUUGCCCAGAUGCCUCUGGCCUCGAUCUGGCAUCUGCGGUCGAGAGUAUGGGCUGGGGGACCGCUGGUUUCUUCGAGUGGAAGACCGACAAGACCCAAGUCGACAACGAAUACAGCGGUAUGCCCAUGCCUUCAAUCCUUCGGGGACUGAUGAUUUAGACAAAGACCCACUGAACAAAAUGGACUUGAUCCCCCCUCGUGGUCAUCACCGACUAGCAACACCUACCCCCUCCAUUUCCCGAAGUACCACUCGAAGCAGUGCCAACUGGCAGAGGCUUCGACGGGGGACUCUGGGGGUAAACCUAAGGGGGGAGAUCAAUAGGGGCCUGGAAGAGGAUGAGGGGAGAGUAUAUCAAGUCUGA